CUCUCUCUUUUUGUACAUUGGGGGCUGUACAGUUGUUUAUUAAUCAAAUUUGUUCAAAGAGCGGCAUCAUAUAAGUAGAGAGGGCUAUCUGACGUUUAAUCUACAAUUAAACGUCACAGGUUUGAUCAUUCGUUUUGACUCAAGUAAUGAAAGAUACACAUAUUUUUCCUAAACACUUGUUUUCAACUAAAAAGAAGUCAUGGAUAUAUACAACGCGAGAAGGCGAAAGAUAAGAACCCCAAGAAGUCUGCGGGCUUUCAAAAGGCUGGUUGAAGCACAGAACGCCACAAUGAAGACGAAACGGGAGGUAAAACAAGAGGUGGUCAAAGUCUUGAGGGCGCUGGUGGUAGGGAACAACAACGAAGACAUCGAUGUCCCUAUGGAGGAGGACUGUUUCUCUAUGAACUUUUCCAAGAACGAGAACCUGGAGCAUGCUAUAGUAAUGGCACCACGAUACAAUCUGUUGCGGGAGGUGGGAAGGGGCAGCUAUGGGGUAGUGUUCGAGGCAAUUGCUCUGAGGACUGGGGCAAGGGUAGCGGUUAAAAAACUACAGUGCAACGCUCCCGAAAAUGUGGAACUCGCUCUGGCCGAAUUCUGGGCCUUGGCAAGCCUGGAGACGAAACACGAGAAUGUGGUGCAGCUUGAGGAAUGUGUGCUACAAAGGAACGGCAUGGCCCAGAAAAUGAGUCAUGGAAAUAAAAGGUCCAAACAAUACCUGCGGUUGGUGGAGACUUCACUAAAAGGUGAGCGGAUUCUGGGCUACCCAGAGGAGCCGUGCUACCUGUGGUUCGUCAUGGAGUUCUGCGAGGGCGGGGAUCUUAACCAGUACAUCCUGUCACGGCGGCCUGACCCGCGCACCAACAAGAGCUUCAUGCGUCAGCUGACCAGCGCCGUGGCCUUCCUACACAAGAACAACAUUGUGCACCGCGACCUCAAGCCCGACAACAUCCUCAUCUCCCAGAAGUCGGGCUUCCCUGUACUCAAAGUGGCCGACUUCGGCCUCAGCAAGGUCUGCGCUGGCUUUGGUGCCGGUGGCAACGAUGGCGAAGAGCAACCCACAGCUGGUGGCGGGGACGGCAGCAACAACAAGAACGUGAACAAGUUCUGGCUGUCGUCAACUUGCGGCUCGGACUUCUUCAUGGCACCCGAGGUGUGGGAGGGCCAUUACACGGCCAAGGCAGACAUCUUCGCCCUGGGCAUUAUCAUCUGGGCCAUGCUGGAGCGGAUCACCUUCAUUGACGCUGAGUCGAAGCGCGAGCUGCUGGGCACCUAUGUGCGGCAGGGCAGCGAGAUCGUGCCAGUGGGCGAGGCGCUGCUGGGGAACCCCAAGAUGGUCCUGCACAUCCCGCAGAAGACACGCAGCACCAUGUCGGAGGGGGUGAAGAAGCUGCUGCAGGACAUGCUGGCGGUCAACCCCCAGGACCGGCCCGACGCCUUCCAGCUGGAGGAGCGGGUGGACCAAGUCACGCGUGCUGCGUGACACCGCUCCCAUUCCCCUUUCCAACCCCUGGUCUGUCAGAGAAGGGACUGCUCUUUUACCAGAUGAGCAGAUCAGCCGGGGUCGUCUGCUUUCCAAAGCCAAACCUGGCCCAGCCCUCCACUUCCUGCUGCUCCUCCUCUGCAUUGGUAUACAAACUGAAGGUGGGAUUCCACAUCUGUACAGAGGUGUAAAAAGGGACUGUGAACUGUGAAACCUCUACAAUUGCUCCCAAAUGUGAAAGAAUGGAGGGUUUGCGGUCAGCGCUUCUAAAAUCAGGACACCUUUAUCGGGAAAGCUAUGCAAUAAGUCAUGUGAGAAGUCAGGUCCUCUCCCCUUCCCCCACCGCACCUUUUAUUUUUAAAAAGCCCAAAGACAUUCACCAACGGACGACGGUCAAGUAUGCCAGAACACAAAGUGUUCCUUGGCACACCUGGUUUGGAAUGGGGGCGGCAGUAGCCUUGAGGUUGGAGAAGCAGGCCAGCAUCUGGAGGGUUGCCGGUUCGAAUCCCACUGCUGAAGAGGGCAAAAAAUAUGGCGGGAGUGAGCCAGCAGGUGCCACCUACCUCUCCAACCUAAUGUGUGUGUGUGUAUCCAGGGGGUUAGAUAAAAUGUCCAUCCUGUAGGGACUAAUAAAGUAUAUCUUAAUGGCCACAAGGAGUAAUAAUGAUUUGUUAUUUGAUGAGCUGGUCUUCAAAAUAAAUUUUUCUCAAUGUUGUUUUUUUAUUUGAAUUGGUCCGGACGGACAUGUACCGUUUCUUCCUUCUUCUCCGAUGUUGACGUGUGUUGGAUGGGGCCACAUAGGCUAGUAUGGAUGGAUAAUCGUUCACGUAUAUACCGGAGAGGAUAACAUGUUGCACUGUGUACCCUCUAUACCAGAGUUUUAAAAAGUAUUCCUAAAACGACCGACGAUAAUGAUGUAGAAGAAGGGACUUGUAUACUGUGAAUUGGAAAUGUGAAUUCAGUUCAAUACAACUUUAUUUAUAGACAAUUUAUAAGGGUGGGUUAUAUUGGGUAGUUCAGUACACAGCGCCCCAUGUCCCCUGUCCUCAAUUUGGACACAUUGCACUAGUAUCAACCAAGCAGCAUCAUCAACACCCCUGUUCCCCUCCCUCUACACCCUUGUGCCUUAUUAGACUUUCAUCAGAUGGAGGGGUAACCAAUUUGGUUCCUAAGUAGUUUGAUGUUUUUUUUUAUACAUGCAGUAUACAAUUUUCCCUUGGUAGCAGGCCUAUAUAAUAUGAUAAUAUUGUUAUGUCGUGCAUUUGAAGCCAAACGGUGCCAUCUCCCUAUAUAAGAUCAUAAAAUGGUUUUAGGGGAAUUACCUAUUGCGUAAACCAAAUUGUACCAGAGUUGUGGACACUGUCACAAUUUUAAUAUUGGGCUAAAUAUAAAUUGAUUAUGUUAUAUAUCCCAAAAAUUUGGUAUGAAACGGAAUCAGGUUAAUUUCAGACCGAAAAAUUGACUGAUUAGCUAGUAACUACGAUGAAAAGUCUUACAUUAUUGUAUGUCACUCACUAUUAAGUUGACAUUGACAGUGUCUUUUUUUUAUACAGAAAUGAAUAAUGAAAUGUGGCUGUUGGCUACUGUGAGCAUGUUAUGGUUUCAAUGUGAGGUUUGUGUAUGAAGAUUCAGGACCCUCACCAAAGGGGAUUUUAGACUCACUUUAAGCCUAGUGCCAAUUAAGGGCAAAGCAGGCAACUUUGAGCACUUCGAAAUCCCUUUUAAACUCUCAUUUACUUCUUUGACUUUGGAUAUUGUAACCAUAACAUUUGCUGAUAACAUCAUGUGAAUAAUGCUAUGGAAUGGGAUCAAAAGGACAGUUGUGAUCAACAACGUGUGAUCUUUGUAAUGGAAUGGUUUUUGAAUAUCUGUUGGAGGUUCUUCAGCUUAGGAUGUCGAUUGUUUGGCAUUGGUAAUAGUUCCCCCAAGUAGCACCACGACUAAAAAAAAAAGUGGUUUUAAAAAAUCACCUUUUCCUCGCUCACCAUAGAGCCGUUUUUAGUUGUGUCACUUCACUAUAAACGAGAUGUGUGUGGGAAUAACAGUUGAAUGGACAGAUACUAUUGUACACACACAAAACGCAUAGUCAUCGUCGUCGUUUUUCAAACACUACCACUUAAGAGUCUACCAUCUAGAUUGUGAAGUGUCUUUUUGCAAUGUUUCUGACUUGUAAUGACUCUUCCUAGUAUUUUAGUAAGUCCGAGUGACAAUACCUGUUCACGUAAUGGUUGACAGUCUAAACCAGGGCUGGAUCUUUCCAAAAAGCUAAUCCUGCAUUGCAGAAUGUGGACUUCAGCAAGCACCAACCAACAAACAGUUGAACCACAGCAUAUUGGGAAUGUUCUCUGUGUUAUCUAUUUGCUUUUAUUUUAAGUGAGCACGGUAGUUGACGAUUGAUUCAUAGACGUGUUUCCAGGAUUCAGUUGGGACCGUAUCUUGUGUCAAGGCAACCCAUUCUUUCCUUUUUUUAUUAGUCUAGUUUCCUGUUUUUUUUCUUUCGUUUACGGCUAUUGACAAACACUCGGAUCUGUGUUUGAUAGUCUAAUCCUACCUCAGUCUCCUUCUCUGACCGUUGUCUUUCACUAGACCGUCUCACUAGAUUACUUUUAAACUGGUUUCGGUCUAGACCUGUUUAAUUUGCGUUUUUAGAGGGCCAUUUCUUUAACUGUGAGGUUUAGACCCGAGUCAGUUUUUCUUUAACCUCAACCAACCUCACUGGUCAAACUCCUCUAAGAUGCUUUUAGAGUAUUUUCUUUUUUUCGCUACCGUUAGCUACUCUGAUCGCCGUUUGAGAUUUUGAAUACUUUACCUUCAAGCUUCUCUGCAGAUAACUUUGCCUUUUUUAGAUGUAUUUUUAUUUUUUACAGAUAACUUCUGAGAUUAACACACCUCUUUCUCAGAUACCUCUAUUUUAAUGUUAGACUGUACACCCAGUGACACUCCGCUUUACUUAAGAGACCAGUUUGUUACCUGGAAAACCUCUUGUAACCUCUGACCUCUUUCGGAGUUAAUAAGUAAGUGAGCACUCCCUUUAACGUCAUGGCAACGUCUACUGUUGCAUGACUACUCUACCUUCAUGUUUUACGUUGAAAUAUACUGUAUAUGAUAAGGGAACUGAAGCUCUUUCCGCCACCUAUUGUUCAUACAUGAUGUCGUACCUUGUUGGGAGUAGUGAAAAAUUUGCUUGUAGGUUACAUGUGUAUUGCCAUGGUUUAAGGGGAGCACUAGUCAUACAGCUACCGUAAUGAUUAUGCUUAAAAACCAACCCACUCCUCUAUGCAACCUUCUUUCACUGUACAAGGAACCAAACCAUUCGUGGUGUUCUGUUUGUUCUCCUGAACUACUACUUCUUCCAGCACCUAUGUCAAAGUGUGUAUACAGUGCGUAUCAUGUAAGUUAUGAACUUUUUUGUUUAAGAAGCUAACUUGAGCCAUUAGAUGUUUUAGUAAAGCAUAUUUUUUGUUGCUGUAAAUGUUUGACAACUUCAGUUUCUCUUGAAUAAAUUAUAAAAAAAUAA